CCUUCAUUAAUUCGUUGUGAAGCGGCGGAUUCAUCAUUGUCGUCGUCUAAGAUUGGUGGGGAACGAGCGUCAUUGUCGUCAACGACGACGUCGCUUCCAGAGAUGGCAAAGUUGAUGGAAUCGGAGAAGAAGAGCGGGUCGUACCCUGGUGGGAUGGGCCGGUACACCGGAAGAGACCCGAAUGUAAAGAAGCCAGCGUGGUUGAGGCAGAGAGCUCCUCAAGGUGAUCGGUUUGAAGAGAUUAAGAAAUCGCUGUCCCAUUUGAAACUUAACACGGUCUGUGAGGAGGCUCAGUGCCCGAAUAUUGGAGAGUGUUGGAAUGGAGGGGGGGAUGGUAUAGCAACAGCAACAAUCAUGCUUCUGGGAGAUACUUGCACCCGUGGGUGUAGAUUUUGUGCUGUGAAGACCAGUAGAAAUCCGGCGCCACCUGAUCCAAUGGAACCAGAAAAUACUGCCAAGGCCAUUGCAAGCUGGGGUGUAGAUUAUAUUGUCCUAACAAGUGUAGAUCGUGAUGACAUACCUGAUGGAGGAAGUGGACAUUUUGCUCAGACUGUCAAAGCUAUGAAGAAGUUGAAACCAGAGAUCAUGAUUGAGUGUUUAACAUCUGAUUUCCGGGGUGACUUGAAGGCUGUAGAGACUCUGGUUCACUCAGGCUUAGAUGUCUUCGCUCACAACAUUGAAACAGUGAAACGGCUUCAAAGAAUUGUUAGAGAUCCCAGGGCUGGGUAUGAACAAAGCUUGUCAGUUCUAAAACAUGCAAAACAUAGCAAGGAGGGCAUGAUAACAAAAACUUCUAUAAUGCUGGGCCUAGGAGAGUCCGAUGAUGAGGUGAAGGAAGCUAUGGCUGAUUUAAGGUCUAUUGAUGUUGAUAUUCUGACGCUCGGUCAGUAUUUGCAGCCGACUCCAUUGCACUUGACUGUCAAAGAGUAUGUCAGUCCUGAGAAAUUUGCUUUCUGGAGAGAAUAUGGGGAAUCUAUUGGUUUCCGAUAUGUAGCCAGUGGACCUCUGGUGCGGUCUUCAUACAGGGCCGGGGAGCUGUUUGUGCAGACAAUGGUGAGAGAGAGGACAAAGAAUGCUAAUGGCUCGGCCUUGUAACUUAGGGCUCUGUGAUUUGGAAGCUGAGCAGCAACGAAGAGAUUGCCACAUACGUAUUGGUGUUGAAUGCUUAGGCCAAUGAUUAGGGUAUCUACUUUUAUUGUUAAUUAGAUAAUCGUAUUAAUUUCCGUGAGAAAUUCUGCGAUUAUUUCAUAUUUUAUGGGUAUAUUUAUUCAUUAUAUGCUGGAAACACAGAAUGAUCACGAUAGCUGAUGAUUAUUCUUUCAAUGUUAAUGAGUGAAACACUGUAGGCUAUAGAA